AUGGGGACGCCGUUACAAUUGGUUGCAGAAUAUUACCAAUCGGUCCUAAAAUGCGAAAGAAUAUUCAAUAAUAAUGUGAGGCAAAAUGACUUAUCCGAUCUAGUGCUCGCAAGGGAGAAUAUAUCACUUCGAAAUAAGGUACAGCAACUAUCUCUGGAUCUACAAUUGAAGCAAGAGGAAUUAGACUCUGCUAAGAAAUUACACAAGACGCAAAAAGCAUUGCUAGAGUCGAAAUUAGAGAACACGAAAAGCAACCUCAAGAAACUAUCUUCUGAAGCCGGAUCAGAAGAGACAGAACGCGUCAAAUUCCAUCUGCUAUCACCUAUACAGAACGAACGUACCAAGUCCUUUGAAAGGGAACCCUCAAGGUUGCGCCAAGUGCUUGAUAGAGGCCACAUGACACUCUUUGAUGAUGAGACUGACGACACAGCAAACCGUACAGAUGAUGUUCUCUUCUUGAACUCUUUACGGCCAAACACAGAUGCCAGGUUCAGAUCUCAGGAGGGAGGUGAUGAAGACUCUUCAGAGGUUAGGAAGAAACGUAAACUUUACAAUAAAAAGAUAGAAGUGGAUGAUAUAAUUGACCAAAACCCAAACGAAGACCAAGAACAACUUGAUUCAAACAACAGCAGCGAAAAGAAAGAACAAUCAAAUUCCAACACCGGGCAAUCCAAGAUAAAGGGUCUCUUCAAAGUUUGA